AUGUUUCGACCCUCGACCGCCUUGGCCGCCUCGACCUUGUCGUCUCUCCGUCCCCUCACCGCCGCCUCGUCGAGGAGGAUCCCCGCUGCAGCACGCCUGGCAGCCAUCGGCCAGCACCUCGUCCACCGCCCCUUUAGCGCGUCGGCCACCAUGUCGGAAAAGACUUCCCAGGGUCACGAGGUCGUCAAGCCCCCCAACACGGGUUGGAAGGGAGAGAUCCCGAGCAAGAAGGGCGGCAGCGAGGCCGGCUACCUGCUCAAGCCGCCGUACGUCUGGCGCAGCGACGAAUUCGAGGUCAAGUACACGGCAAAGUGCUGGUGCGGCAAGCUCGAGUUCGAGUACCACGGCGACCCGAUUGACGCCAAGCACUGCCACUGCACCCAGUGCCAGCGCCUCCACGGCGCUCCGUUCCAGUGGGCCGCCCUGUUCCACAAGACGUCGGUCCGCCUCGCCGAGAGCUGCGACCCCAUCUAUCUCGAUUUCUUCUCGACGCAAGAGGGGCACAGCGACCACUCGGUGCCGUGCAAGAUUUCGUGCCGCAACUGCCGGUCGCCCAUGGCCGACGAGGGGCGCAACAUGGUCAUGGCCUACCCGUCGUCGUUCCGCUUCAAGGACGGCCACGUCCCCUCGACGUUUGCGCCCACGGCCCACAUCUUUUACGGCGAGCGCGUCAUGGACGUCGACGACGACGUGCCCAAGUGGAGCGGCCACAAGGAGUCGUCCGAGCUCAUGCCCCACGCGCCCAAGGAGGAGGGCGACCGCACCUUUGGAAAGGACAAGACUCACAAGAAGGAUAAGCUCGACCUCCAGCAGCAGCAGCAGAAUGGGGAUGGCGAGGGAGGAGGAGGAGAGGAUGCGAGGGCCAAGAGGCCCAGGAACGGGGCUUGA